GACAGCUCUUCCCACGCCGGGCAGUUCGCUGCGUCUGGAGGAGCUCUCUGGAGAAUCUCCAACCUCGGAGCGGGCCUUCAACUACCAUUCUACUAUCUUUUAAGAAGCAAAGCCUUCAAGACUCACAGUACACAUCCUGCACCAGAGGUCCCACAGCCCUAGACAGGCCAUGAUGCUCCGGACCUUCAAUCUAUUGCUCGGUUGCAUUUGGCUCAGUCUGGGUGUGGCCUCAAUGGCAGUGGAGCCUCAACCAGAGCUGUGGAUAGAAUCCAACCACCCCCAUGCCCCCUGGAGCAACAUCACGCUUUUGUGCAGAAGCCCCUCUCGGGUGUCCAGCAAGUUCCUGCUGAUGAAGGAUAACACACAGAUGACCUGGAUUCGUUCUUCUUACAAGACCUUCCAAGUGUCAUUCUUCAUAGGGGCCCUUAGUGUGUCUACUACAGGUGUUUAUCGAUGCUGCUACUGGAAGGAGAAAGGCUGGUCAAAGCCCAGUAAGGUUCUAGAGUUGCAAUCACCAGGCCAACUUCCUAAACCCAUCUUCUGGAUCCAGGCAAAGACGCCUCCUCUUCCUGGAUGCAAUGUUAACAUCCUCUGCAAUGGAUGGAUUCAGGAUUUAGUAUUUGUGCUGCUUAAAGAGGGAAACACAGAGCCCGUAGAUUACCAAGUCCCAACUGGGACAAUGGCCAUAUUCUCCAUUGACAACUUGGCACCUGAGAAUGAAGGGGUUUACCUCUGCCGCACUCAUUUCCAGAUGCUCCCCACUCUGUGGUCUGAGCCCAGCAACCCCCUGAAGUUGGUGGUGGCAGGUCUCUACCCCAAACCAACUCUGACAGCCCAUCCUGGGCCCAUCCUGGCACCUGGAGAAAGCCUGAGUUUCAGGUGCCAAGGGCCAAUAUAUGGAAUGACGUUUGUUUUAAUGAGGUUGGAAGGCUUGAAGAAAUCUUCUUACUACAAGAAGGCAGUAAAAAAUGAGGCGUAUUUCUACUUCAAGUCUCUGAAGACCCAGGAUACAGGGCAUUACCUCUGUCUUUACUAUGAUGCGUCAUACAGAGGCUCACUGCUUAGUGAUAUCCUGAAAGUUUGGGUGACUGAAACUUUUCCCAAGACUUGGCUACUUGUUCAACCCAGUCCUGUGAUUCAAAUGGGUCAAAACGUAAGCCUGAGAUGUCAAGGACUAAUGGAUGGAGUGGGGCUUGCCCUCUAUAAGAAGGGAGAAGAAGGACCCCUUCAGAUUCUGGAUGGCACCAGCAACGAUGGCAACAAAUCAUUCUUACUCACGAAUGUGACCCACAAGGAUGCUGGCAUCUAUAGAUGCCUGUAUUUUCUAAACUGGAAGACGUCCAUUAAGAUGGAAACAUACAAUACUGUGGAGCUGAUGGUUGUAGAUAAGCCCCCCAAACCCUCCCUUUCAGCUUGGCCCAGUUCCGUGUUCAAUAUAGGAAAGACCAUCACCUUUCAGUGCCGGGUAUCUCAUCCAGUACUCGAAUUUUCUCUGGAAUGGGAAGAAAAAGCAACAUUCCAAAAAUUCUCAGUAGAUGGAGACUUCAUUAUCACUAACAUUGAAGGGGAAGGCACAGGUACCUACAGUUGCAUCUUUCGUAUUGAGGCACACACCGACAUCUGCUCAGAUCACAGCAAACCUCUGAAGUUGGCGGGGCCAAGAGUCACAGGCUUCCUCACCUGGAAUUCCUUUAUGAAUGAAGUGUUCAGGAUGUCCUUAUUUGUCCAGCUUAUCUCCUUGCUGUUGCUAGUGCUAUGGAUACGGUGGAGGUGUCGGAGAUUGAGAUUCAGCAACUCCUCUCAUCUCAUUUCUGGUCUCGUUAGAGAAGCCUGGUUGUUGGGAACAGCUCAAGGGGUCGCCAUGCUCUUCAUACUCAUGGCUCUUCUUUGCUGUGGACUGUGCACUGGGGCACUGGCAGAAGAGAUUGUAAUCAUGCCAACUCCUAAGCCUGAACUGUGGGCAGAGACGAACUUCCCUCUGGCCCCGUGGACGAACUUAACCCUCUGGUGCAGAAGCCCUUCUGGCUCAACGAAGGAGUUUGUGUUAUUGAAGGACGGGACCGGGUGGAUUGCAACUCGCCCUGCCUCGGAGCAGGUCCGGGCUGCCUUCCCCCUUGGCGCCCUGACCCACAGUCACACCGGGAGUUACCAUUGCCAUUCAUGGGAGGAGAUGGCUGUGUCGGAGCCUAGUGAAGCACUUGAACUAGUAGGAACAGACAUCCUUCCCAAACCUGUCAUUUCGGCUUCCCUCCCAGUCCGGGGCCAGGAACUGCAGAUCCGGUGCAAAGGAUGGCUGGAGGGUUUAGGGUUUGCUCUGUUUAAGAAGGGAGAGCAGGAACCUGUCCAGCGACUUGGUGCCAUUGGAAGAGAAGCCUUCUUUACAAUUCAAAGAAUGGAGGAUAAAGACCAGGGCAAUUACAGCUGCCGCACACACACCCAAAUGCAGCCCUUCAAGUGGUCUGAGCCCAGUGAGCCCCUGGAGCUUGUCAUAAAAGAAACAUACCCCAAGCCUUUCUUCAAGACAUGGGCCAGCCCUGUAGUCGCUCCUGGUGCCCGAGUGACUUUCAAUUGUUCCACCUCUCAUGAGCACAUGAGCUUUAUUCUUUACAAGGAUGAUACUGAAAUUGCAUCCAGCGACCCAGCCUGGGGAAAGCCGGGGUCUAGUGCAGCUCACUUUCUGAUCAUUUCCGUGGGCAUUGGUGAUGGAGGAAACUAUAGCUGCCGUUAUUAUGACUUUUCCAUCUGGUCUGAGCCCAGUGACCCAGUGGAGCUCAUUGUGACAGAAUUCUACCCCAAACCUACUCUCUUGGCACAACCUGGCCCUGUCGUGCUUCCUGGGAAGAAUGUGACAUUGCGCUGCCAAGGAAUUUUCCAGGCCAUGAGGUUUGCCCUCUUACAAGAGGGGACCCAUGCUCCCAUACAGUUCCAGAGUGCUUCAGGGACCUCAGUUGACUUCCUCCUCCACACUGUUGGAGCAGAGGACUCUGGGAACUACAGCUGUAUCUACUAUGAGACAACCAUGUCCAACAGGGGCUCGUACGCUAGUACACCCCUUAUGAUCUGGGUGACCGAUACAUUCCCCAGACCAUGGUUGUCUGCUGAGCCUAGUUCUGUGGUUACUAUGGGACAAAAUGUUACUCUCUGGUGCCAAGGACCAGUCCGUGGAGUUGGGUACAUUUUGCACAAAGAAGGAAAAGCCACUUCAAUACAGCUUUGGGGGUCCACCAGCAAUGAAGGAGCAUUCCCUAUCACCAAUAUAUCUGGUGCAAGCAUAGGUCGUUAUAGCUGCUGUUACCACCCGGACUGGAUUAGCUCUAUCAAGAUACAGCCUAGCAACACGCUGGAACUCAUGGUCACAGGUUUACUCCCUAAACCCAGCCUGUUAGUUCAACCUGGCCCCAUGGUAGCCCCUGGAGAAAAUGUGACUCUUCAAUGUCAAGGGGAGCUGCCAGAUUCAACGUUUGUCCUUUUGAAAGAGGGGAACCAACAACCAUUACAGCAGCAGAGGCCAAGUGGGUACAGAGCUGACUUCUGGAUGCCAGUGGUGAGGGAUCAAGAUUCUGGUGUCUACAGCUGUGUUUAUUAUCUGGAUUCUGCUCCCCUUGCGGCUUCAAACCAUAGCAACUCUCUAGAGAUCUGGGUAACCGAUAAGCCCCCUAAGCCCUCUCUGUCAGCCUGGCCCAGCACUGUGUUCAAACUAGGGAAGGACAUCACCCUUCAGUGCCGAGGACCCCUACCAGGAGUUGAAUUUGUGCUGGAGCAUGAUGGAGAAGAAGCACCCCAACAGUUCUCCGAGGAUGGAGACUUUGUCAUCAACAACCUGGAAGGGAAAGGCAUUGGAAACUACAGCUGCAGCUACCGUCUGCAGGACUACCCCAACAUCUGGUCAGAGGCCAGUGAUGCUGUGGAGCUGGUUGGAGCAGCAGGGCCUGUUGCUCAAGAGUGCACUGUGGGGAACAUUGUCCGAAGCACCCUGAUUGUGGUGGUUGUGGUAGCCUUGGGGAUAGUGCUAGCUGUAGAGUGGAAGAAGUGGCCUCGACUUCGAACUAGGGGCUCUGAGACAGAUGGAAGAGACCAGACCGUAGUCCUUGAAGAGUGCAACCAAGAAGGAGAAGCAGGCACCACCACCAAUUCUCCUUCAUCUGCCUCUCAAGGAAUCUCUGUGGAAGUGACAGUCCCAAUAUAAUUACCCUCUCCUUUACAAGAGCUUUCCUCUCCUUUCUUUUACCCGCAGAGACCUGGAAAUUUAACUUGGUUCCCCUGGAAUGCAGCAGCAUUUCCUGAUUCUUGACCUCUAACCACCUGAGUGGGGUCAAGAGGAUUCUUGGAGUGGCAAGCUCUACUAGGUCGAGCUGUUUCCUCCACCCCCAAAUGCCUCACUGUACUGUGUUACUGGUGCAUGGAAUCCUACUCAAACCAGAUUCUUCUGAAUAAAGAGAGUAUUCACUAUUUAACUG